AGGGGUAAUUACGAAGCACCACAAAGCUGUCACAGCCUGGCACCCACAAAAGGACAUAUCCUACGUGGCACCUAUUUUCCCGCUCCUAUAUAAACACUCCACAAACCCUUUCGCACUCUCAUCACCAAACCAAAGUACCCUCUCUCACCGGAAACCGGGUCACGACUCAGCGAGUCACGGCGGCGAGUUUAGGUGAACACGAAUAAAUCUAAGACAUGGGGAUUUGCAGUUCGUGCGAUUCGACCCAAUUGGCGACGGCGAAGCUGAUAUUGCAAGACGGGAGGAUGAUGGAGUUCACGUACCCGGUGAAGGUGGGUUACGUCCUCCAGAAGAACCCAAUGUGCUUCAUCUGCAACUCCGACGACAUGGACUUCGACGACGUCGUUUCCGCCAUUAGCGCCGACGAGGAGCUCCAGCUCGGCCACCUCUACUUCGCUCUCCCGCUGAGCUGGCUCCGUCGCUCCCUUCAGGCGGAGGAGAUGGCCGCAUUGGCCAUGGCCGCUUUAGCCGUCAAAGCAAACUCCGCCCUCACGAGUCGAGGUGGAUGCGGCCGUGAAAAAUGCCGGUGCCGCCGGAGAUGCGCUACUCCCGUCGUUUUCCCGGCGGAUAAGCUUCGCCGUAUAGUUUCCGGCGGUGAUGAUACGGUGGGAUCCAGCGUAGGGACGAGGAAAGUGAGAGGCGGCGGCAGUGGUCGUAGUGGUAGCAGUAGCGAGAGGAGGAAGUUUGCGGCGAAGUUAAAUACGAUCGACGAGUGAAUGAGCAUUUUAGGAAUUUAGUGAAAUGUUUGGGGCUGAAUUGUGAAUAGUAUAAUUAAUUACUUGAGGUCUUUUUUGUCAUAUCAAUGAACGGAUAUUUUAGAUUUUA